AUGGCUAAAAAUAUCAAUCGUUAUUUAAAUGAAAUAACAGUAAAUAGAGAAAAUAUUCGAUUAAUUUAUUUGGAUAAAUUUGAACCCAGUAUUGAAAUACAAACAAAAUUAUUUGAAAUCAAUCCAGCUAUACAGUUUUAUACAGAUAUUCAAUUAUGUAUUGAUUUUCUUCAAUUAAAUUCCAAUGAAGAAAUAUUUUUAAUUAUUUCAAAUAUAUUAUUAACCGAUAUAUUCAAUUCAAUUUAUUCUUUACAAUCAAUUCUUGCAAUAUUUAUUUAUGAUGAUAAACAGAUAAUAAAUGAAUUAGAAUUCAAAUUAAAAUAUCCAAAAAUAAUUGAUAUAUAUACGAAUCAAAAUGAUCUAUUCAAUUCAAUUAAAGAAAAUAUUUUAUUAAUUGAAAAACAAAUAUUUAUUUAUAGUUUAUUUAAUCCUAAAAUACAAAAUUUAACACACGAAUCAGCUUUAUUUCGUUGGUAUCAAAUGUUAAUAAAUAUUCUUAAACAAAUUCCACAUAAUGAAUAUAAACGUGAUGAAAUAUUAAAUAAAUGUUUACAAUAUUAUCGAAUGAAUAAUUAUGAAUUAGAUACAAUUAUAUCAUUUCGUCAAAGUUAUACAGCACAACAAGCUAUACAAUGGUAUACAAAAGAAUGUUUUUUAUAUCGAUUUUUAAAUCGUGCAUUAUAUAUUCAUGAUAUUGAAUAUUUAUAUUCAUUUCAAUAUUUUCUUAUUGAUAUAUGUUUAGAAAUUGAAAAAGAAUGUGAAAUAAUAAAAAACGAAAAAUAUUUAAUUGUUUAUCGAGCACAAUUUAUGUCAAAUGAUGAAAUUGAAGAAUUAAAAAAAAAUAUUGGUUGUUUUAUUUCAAUAAAUAAUUUUAUAUUAACAACACGUAAUAAAAAUUAUUCAUUAGCUUUUUUUCAACAACAUUUUACAACAAAAGAAAAUAUUCUUUUCGAAAUUCAUAUUGAUUUUUCUAUUCAAACAAAUCUUUUAGCUGAUCUAUCAUCAUCAUUGAAUGGUGAACAAAAUAUUUUAUUAAAUAUAAAUUCAAUAUUUAAAAUUGACUCUAUAGAAUAUAAUACAAUAAAUAAUCUAUGGGAAAUCAAAUUAAUAACAAAUCAUGAUGGAACAAAACAUAUUAAUGAAUAUUUUAAAUGGAUUGAAAAUGAAAUGAAUUAUCAAAAUUCAAUAAUUUAUUUUGGACAUUUACUAUGGAAUAAUCUUAAAGAAAUAAAUCAAGGAAAAACUUAUUUUCAAAUUUUAUCAAAAUCAUUCUCAAAUGAAUAUAUUCAUAUGUCAGAAAUUUAUUUUGAAUUAGGAAAUAUUUAUGAUGAAUUAAAAGAAUAUAGUUUAGCAUUAAAUAAAUAUCAACAUGCUUUAAAAAUAUGUCAAAAACAAUUAACUAUUGAUCAUACACGUAUUGCUUUAUUAUUAAAUAAUAUUGGAAUUGUUUAUAAACAUAUGGGUAAUUAUGAUCGAGCUAUUGAAUUCUAUGGACAAUCAUUAUAUAUUUAUGAAACAAAAUGUUCAAAAAAUAAAAAUCAAUUUUAUCGAGCUAAUACAAUAUCGAAUUUAGGUUUAGCAUAUAAAGAUAAAAAUGAUUAUGAUACUGCACUUACUUAUCUUAAUUUAGCUUAUGAUAUACGACAUGAUAUUCUUUCAAAAGAUCAUUUAUUACUUGCAAAUUCAUUGAAUAAUAUUGGAGAAAUUUAUCAUGAUAAAAAUGAUCUUAAUCAAGCGCUUAAUUAUUAUCAACAAGCUUUAUCUAUUCAAGAAAAUAAUAAUUCAAAUGAUUCUUUAGAUAAAGCAAUUACAAUUCGAAAUAUUGGCUUGAUUUAUCGAGAUAAACAAGAUUGGCAAAAUGCUUUGAAUUAUUUUAAUCGUACACUUGAAAUACGUCAACAUUGUUUGCAUAAUAUAAAUUAUCCUGAUACUGCUAUAUGUUAUGGUGAUAUUGGAAAUAUCUAUGAAAAAAUGAAUAAAUUAGAUUUAGCAUUAAAUAAUUUUUUUCAACAAUUACAAAUUGAAGAACAUUGUUUACCAUUAAAUCAUAAAAAUCUUAUAAUACAUUUUGAUUUAAUAGUAAAUCUAUUAAAAAAAACCGAUCAAUCAAAUAAAGCAAUGGAAUUAUGUCAAGAAAAACUUUUACAUUUAAAACAUAUUCUUGGUAAUGAUUAUGAAAAUCAUCCACGUAUAGCUCAUAUAUUCGUAUUAAUAGCAACUAUAUAUGAAGAUGAAAAUCCAAAACAAGCUGAUCAACAUUAUCAACAAGCAUUAACAAUUCUUGAAAAUAAAAAAAAUGAAGAAAUAUUACAAACAUGUCUUUCACCAAUGACAAAUUUCUAUUGGAAAUGUCGAAUGUUUGAUCGUGCAUUAAUUUGUCAAAUGAAACUACUGAAUAUUCGUCGAUCAACUUUAUCAUCAAAUCAUAAUGAUAUUGCGUAUACAUUACGAGGUUUAGCACGACUUUAUCGUGCUAUGAAUAAGUCAAAUGAAGCUUUACAUUAUUUUCAUCAAAGUUUAAAUAUCCUACAAUCAAAUUAUGGUUCCGAACAUGCUGAUGUUAAAAAUAUUCAAAAUGAAAUUUUUGAAUUAAAAGAUAUUAUUCAUUCAGUACCAUUAAAUACAAAUGAAGAGUCGAAUAUUAAUCAGGCAGCAAUAAAUACACAUAAACUAUUAGUAACUAGUCCAAGUAAUGAAUCAAAAUUUCCAUCGUCAUCAUCAUCAUCAAUGAAUAUUGAGAAAAAAAAUCAACCAUCACCAUCAAUUUUAAAAAGUGCAUUUUGUAUUAUUAUAUAA